AUGCCCGCUCCAAGAACCACCGCGAGCUUUCUCCCCAAGGCCGAUGCGGCCAUCCUGAGAUACCUGAGGCAGCCAGCACCACUCCAGCAGGCGCGGCCCACGACGAUUGGUCCGAUCUUCGACCCCGACAACCUGGAUAAGCCAAUCAGCGUCCUGACCCCCGAGUUAGAAGCGAUUGUUUACCCUAGCAGUACUACUACCACUACUCCGCAUCCCAACGCACCCACUUCCACUGCCACUGCCACCAGAUCCGACAAACCCCCGGGAUUCGAUGAUUCUCGCUACUUGCGCGCCUUUCUCGCUGACAAUGAGAGACUUAGACUGUCCAUGCUAUGGUACUACACCCGCGAUAUAGAGGCAGAAGCCGAACUGCUCGCCGGGCUCCAGGAGAAAGCCGAUCUCGCAAAGGAAUGCACCGGCUGGCAGUUCGCGGUGAUUGGCAUUCUCGAUAUCCAUGUCUAUAUUCGCCUGGCGACCCAUGGCCUACAACUCGGCAUCCUGCCCCGCGGCGAGACAAUCUGUGCACAUACCGUCACUCGACCUCCUGGGAGUGUCUUCCUUCUCCCAGAUCUCCAAGAGGACUGGCGGUUCCGCGCAUGCCCAUACCUCGAACAAGGCGGCCUCUACGCGUACGCCGGGGUGCCGCUCCGCCUGCAGCACGAGUCCGGAGUCACCGUUGGCCUCGGUUCGCUCUGCGUGGCCUCGAGUACAGCGGAGGACCCGCUCACGAGAGACCAGCAGCAAGCGCUGGUGCGAUUAGCCGACUGGGUGGUCUCGGAUUUGGUGCAGUGUACCCGAGCACGACGCCAGCGCGAACGGCAGCGCAUGUCAGACCUUCUCACGACGGCGCGGAUGGAACUCGAAAAGGGGGUCUCGGCGGAUCCGGUCUUUCGGAUACUCAAGACGAUCUAUCCCAAGGCCGUCAUCAAGUCGCCGCCCACGACAGCAACGCAUGUCGAGAUGGAAGCACGCGACCCGGUUCUCAUCUCCGACCUCGAAGGCGGCCUCUGGGAAGACAUCGAGUACCUCGAUGCCCUGAUCGCGGAGGCGAACCACCAGCCUCUCCCUACGACAAAGACCGUCCGCGUCAUGGCCGCCCCCUGCGAGAGCGCCAAUGGCCCCUCGUUGCUCAUGGUGGGAACCAAGGACUUCCAGCACAUAUUUGACGACGUCGACUUGUGGUUCGUGCAGAGCUGCGCGGGCCUGAUCACGCAAAUGUGGCGCAAACGUCUCCUGGUCGAGGCCAUCAAUGCGAAAGAAAAAUUCCUCCGCGGGAUUUCGCACCAGCUGCGCACGCCGAUCCAUGGAAUCCUGGGUUCCGCGGAUCUCCUCGCUGAGGAGCUUCAGGCCGCUUGGGGGGGCGGCUCGACUGAUGACGCCCUCGCGGCGCCAACGGCAACGAUGGUCCAGAAGACCGGAUUGAUAGAUUUCGCUGAAUACUCCAAGUAUCUCAACAUCAUCAAGAUGGGCGGUCGCGAUCUCGUCUCAAUCGUCAAUAACAUGAUUACCUUGAACCGGUGGGUCGACAUCGCCCUCAGCGACCGACACUACGCCAUGCACAGCAUCGACAAGCUCGAGACCGAGCUCCACACGGCGAUCUCGACCCUGACCAUCGGCGACAUGCGGUAUAGUUGUGCCCUCUUCUUCACGCACGACGUCCCUCCCGGCUUCGAGACCUUCUGGAUGGACAUCGAUGUCCUCCGUGACAGUCUCCUCCCCAUCGUCUACAACGCGAUCCAACACACGCCGGAUGGGAUCGUCUCCGUGCACUCAACUGUCGAUCCCGAAUCCAAGCAGUUGACCAUCGACAUCCGGGAUACGGGCUCGGGGAUUCAGCAAGACGAUCAACGGCGCAUCUUCGAAGCGUACGAGAAGGUCGACGCGCAUUCCGCGCGCGCGGGACUGGGUCUGACGCUGGCAUCCAGAUUCGCCUCGCUUCUGCACGGCUCGGUGGCGUUGAUGUCGUCGGCUAUUGGUCGGGGCUCACACUUUCGGGCUACCUUCCGGGACAUCGAGUGUGCGUGUCAAACGGACGGACCUCCGCCGUCGCUGGCCUCGAAGGUGAAGAGUCUUCCCCGGAGUUUCUAUAUCCUGAAGUCUCCGACUCGCGCUGGGUCGAGGCCUAGGCCUUCUGGUGUAUCGACGUCAUUAUGCGACCACUUCGCGUCGAUACUCACGCGCAGUGGAUUCACGCCAUCCGACUCUCUCGAAGGUUCCUUCGUCAUCGUCGACCCUUCGCCAGACACCGAGGAACACCGCACGCGUCUGUCCCAGAUCCCGACGGACACGGUCUGUAUCUCUCUCGCCUCGGGCCUGCCGGCCGACUCCGACCCGCCAGUCCCUCUCGAGCAGCCACCUACCAAGAACGUCAUCCACACCCGGGGACCGUUCUCAGCGCAGAGACUGGCCGGGGUCCUCGAACGAGCCGACGCGCUCGCAGCGGAGAUCCGAUCGCCGGAGCCGUCUCCCUCAGCAGUCCUUCCCAUGCACCUGAAACGGCCCAACGACGAUUCAGUCUCCGACUCAGACUCCCAACCCGACAACAACAUUCUCACCCCCGAAACGGUCUCCGAAGAAGAGACCGGACAUGUUCCUCCCCCCCUCGCCACCCGUACAUCCUCCCGCCCAACCACCCUCAUCGUCGACGACAACGUCGUCAACCUCCGCAUCAUGGAAAUGUACUGCAAGAAGCGCGGCCUCCCCUAUCUGACAGCAACCGACGGCGUCCAGGCCAUCGAGACGUUCACGCGCCGCCGCCGUCAGUCUCCCGGCACCGACAACGGAACCGUCCUCCCGCCGAUCGAGCUCAUCUUCAUGGAUCUCCAAAUGCCGGUCUGCGACGGCGUCAACGCGACGCGACAGAUCCGGGCGUGGGAGCAGGAGAACGACUGGGCGCGGUCGUUGAUCAUCGUGAUGACGGGCCAGGAUACGCCGGCGGAUAAAACGGCGGCGACGGAGGCCGGGGGGGAUGAGUACUUUGUGAAACCGGCGAUCUUGCGGCAGUUGGAUGGGGUUGUACGGCGGCAUUUUCCGGCGUUUGAGGUGGGGGGAUACUUGGCUGGCGAAUAUGUAUCUGGAGCUCACCAGCUGCAGCGCCAUUAG